AUCGCUUGGGUAGGUUUCCAGGGAAGGCUGCGAGCUGGAUCCCCUACUCCGCUGGCGGCGCGAGGCGUCUGGCUCUUCGCGGCGGCUGCGAGGGGAAAAGGAGCGCGGGGGCUGGGUGGAAUCGAGGAGUGAGGAAAAAGGGAAGGGGCGGGGGAGAGGGACCAGGGAAGGCAUCAGGGGGAAUCUCGCGAGGGUUGGAGUUUUGGCGAGAGUUUGUGGAAGAUGGCGCCUGUUGUGACAGGUUAUUGAAAUUAUGAAACUAUCAUUCAAAUGGAAGCAUUGUAGUUCUUCGGAACCAUUAUGAUCUCAAAAGGAAAGGAGAAUGAUACAGAUACACUGGCUGAGGUGUUUUGAGGUGCAUCGAAGUGUUCCAGCCUGUGGCUUACCUUAACAUGUUCUUGAAGUACCAUGGCGUGGAUUAAAAGAAAAUUUGGUGAGCGGCCUCCACCUAAACGACUUACUAGGGAAGCUAUGCGAAAUUAUUUAAAAGAGCGAGGGGAUCAAACAGUACUUAUUCUUCACGCAAAAGUUGCACAGAAGUCAUAUGGAAAUGAGAAAAGGUUUUUUUGCCCUCCUCCUUGUGUGUAUCUUAUGGGCAGUGGAUGGAAGAAAAAAAAAGAACAAAUGGAACGCGAUGGUUGUUCUGAACAAGAAUCUCAACCAUGUGCAUUUAUUGGAAUAGGAAAUAGUGACCAGGAAAUGCAGCAGCUGAACUUGGAAGGAAAGAACUAUUGCACGGCCAAAACAUUGUACAUAUCUGAUUCGGACAAGAGAAAGCACUUCAUGUUGUCUGUAAAGAUGUUUUAUGGCAACAGUGAUGACAUCGGUGUGUUCCUCAGCAAGCGGAUAAAAGUCAUCUCCAAACCUUCCAAAAAGAAGCAGUCGUUGAAAAAUGCUGACUUAUGCAUUGCCUCAGGAACAAAGGUGGCUCUGUUUAAUCGACUUCGAUCCCAGACAGUUAGUACCAGAUACUUGCAUGUAGAAGGAGGUAAUUUCCAUGCCAGUUCUCAGCAGUGGGGAGCAUUUUACAUUCAUCUCUUGGAUGAUGAUGAAUCAGAAGGAGAGGAAUUCACAGUCCGCGAUGGAUACAUCCAUUAUGGGCAAACGGUCAAACUUGUAUGUUCAGUUACUGGCAUGGCACUCCCAAGAUUGAUAAUUAGGAAAGUUGAUAAGCAGACUGCAUUACUGGAUGCAGAUGAUCCUGUGUCACAGCUCCAUAAGUGUGCAUUCUACCUUAAGGAUACAGAAAGAAUGUACUUGUGCCUUUCUCAAGAAAGAAUAAUCCAGUUUCAGGCCACUCCAUGCCCGAAAGAACCAAAUAAAGAGAUGAUAAAUGAUGGGGCUUCCUGGACAAUCAUCAGUACGGAUAAGGCAGAGUAUACGUUUUAUGAGGGGAUGGGCCCUGUUCUGGCCCCAGUCACGCCUGUGCCUGUCGUGGAAAGCCUUCAGUUGAAUGGCGGUGGGGACGUAGCAAUGCUUGAACUUACAGGACAGAAUUUCACUCCGAAUUUACGAGUUUGGUUUGGGGAUGUAGAAGCUGAAACUAUGUACAGAUGUGGAGAGAGUAUGCUCUGUGUCGUCCCAGACAUUUCUGCAUUCCGAGAAGGCUGGAGAUGGGUCCGGCAGCCAGUCCAGGUUCCAGUAACUUUGGUCCGUAAUGAUGGAAUCAUAUAUUCCACCAGCCUUACCUUUACCUACACACCAGAACCAGGGCCGCGGCCACAUUGCAGUGCGGCGGGAGCAAUCCUUCGAGCCAAUUCAAGCCAAGUGCCCUCUAAUGAAUCAAACACAAACAGUGAGGGAAGCUACACAAAUGCCAGCACAAAUUCAACCAACGUCACGUCAUCGACAGCGACAGUCGUGUCCUAACCGCCGUCCUUUGCCAGGACUCACACUGACUUAAGUGCUGCACAAUGUUGACAGAAAAGGAGAGAGAAAAAAAUGAACAAUCUUUUGUGGUUUCUUGGGAAAACUUUUCAUACCAGGUGAUAAUUACUAUUCAGAAACCCCAUUACCUACAAGUGCUGAUUUGAAGUGCAGAAGCCACAGUAAAACAAACAAAAAAACCCAUCAAAAUGUACAAACUUUUGGAAAUCCAUUUUUUUUUCAGCUGUAAUUUUUGUUUGGUUGGGUUUUGUUUGGUUUUGUUUAAAUGGGCAAAAAAAUAGAGAUGUGGCCGGAGUAAAAGUUAAUCAAAGUAGAAGACAAAAAUCUAACAGUUUUCAUGGACCAAGGAACUUGUAUAAGCUUUAGUAAAAGGUACAUUUUCACCAUACCUUUUUUUAUAUCACAGUAUAUAGCACACCUUUGUUACCAAAUAGGUGGUUCUCCCUGCCCCUUGGAGUUUUUUGCUCUUAAGUACAUUCAGGUUCCAAGCCUGACCAUGCUUGUUAAUCUAAUUACCAUAUUCUUCCAGGUCUUUUUGGUCUAAGGCUGGAACUGUUCUUUUUAUUUUAUUAUUAUUAUUUUUUUAAAGCUGAAGUCUUAUGACUUUUCAUGGGUUGAAAUUGUUUGGAUUUCAGCAAGUCAAAUCUUGUAAAGGCCUGCCUAUUUUUUUUAAGAUUAUAUGAAGUCUGUGCAAAAGCUUUAAAAAAAAAAUGCCUCUGCCUUGCCUGCAGUACAUGCAACAUACGUUAACCUAGUCUCUAUUCUCAGUCACCAUUGAUAGUUAUUUCUCUGUGUUCCUUUUUUUUUUUUUUAAUGUAUUUAUAGUGGUAAUCCAAGAGGUUCUAACUUUUACCUGGAAUUAAAUGUGGCCAUUUAGUCAUUAAUGAGUUUAAUGGCAUGGAACAUGUUGAUUUUUGCAGUGUUCCCUCCUCCUUUCCCCUGCAGAAAUGUAUCUUUGUGUUCCAGGAUUUGUUCAGGUUUUUCCCCCUCCUAAUCUUGUACAUAACUUGUAUUAUGUGUAAGUUAAACAUUUUAUUUUGAACUUGGAAUGUUUCCAUGAUUUCAUUCAGCAGGGAGUUUUUCUGCCUUGUUGACAUAUAACAAAAAAAUAUCAUGAGAAGUAUUUGCUACCAACUGGUAGAUGGUGCCCUUAUUGUAUAAUGAGGAAAAUCUUAGCAAAAGCAUGCUUUUAUUUACUUUUUUUUUGGUAGCCUAGGCCAAAACAUCAUUGUAACCCUAAAACAAGAUGCUUUUACUAGAUGACCAACUAAAAUAGCUGGAAGACAGUACUUAAGUAACAGAUAGUUGUAAGAUUAUAAAAAUGCAAAUAUAAUUUCUUUCCAUCUCUCUCCCUGCCUUUUUUUUUGUCUUGUCUUCCCCAGUACUGAGUGUCUUUAUAAAUAUCUCCUACUCAGAAAGCAUUUCUUUUCAUUCAGUUGAGAUUCAGGGUUGUGUGCUGGCCGUGCGUGCUGGGCUCACCAUUUUUAUGUCACUUCUGUUCCUGCACUUCGGUUAUACCUUUGUUCAGUUUCUUAGAAAUUGCAGCAGACUCGUUGGGCUACAUUUAGUACAGGAACCAUGUGUGUAAUGUUCAAGGACACGGUCUAGUCAUGCAAUCAUCUUUCUUAGAGUAAAAACUACCUCUAGAUUGUGGUAAGCUUUUACUGUCCCAUAAAACAGGAGCCACAAGUACCUUAACGAAUGCAAAACUGUAACUUCCUGCAGUGUUUCCCUACAGAAAUGGUCUUUCUGGUGUCCUGGGCUAUUUUGAAAAGUUUCCAUCAGUAGACAUUUUAAAACCUCACUGUUUGUAGCUUUUCUCCCCCUCAGCUUUGAUGUCUUCAGCAUUCAUCCUUUUGCUCAGACUAUGUCAUUGUAAAUACAGUUCCUCGCAUCUUUAAAUCGCUUUUCCCUCAGUUUUCAAGGGGGAGGUCAUUUGUAAAACACGUUAGUGGUUAAGUCAAAGUUACUGUGCUUCUCUCUUUACUGCAAGCCUUUUAAAUUACUCACAGGCCGUGUUAUACUGUAUAUGGCCUUUCUCUCUUCAAGUCUGCUCUAGUCACCGGCUUCUCUCUUGUGAGCUAAUCCUGCCUCAUACUUUAAAUCUGUUUCAGUGACCAAGGGCAGAAUUCAUUGUGGCCUUAUCUUUCUUUGUUUUAACUGUUUACUGCUUUUUCCUGCAAACUUGUGUAUUUCUGAGUAGUAUUUAUUCCUCUCUCUGUUGAGUCUGGAAGUAGUCUUUACACAGUGCUUUCUGUUCAGAGCGCAGAAAUGUUUUCAGUGCUGUUGUACUUUGAAUUGGCCACAAGUUUCCUUCACUUCCCAGGUUUUGUAUUCAGUUACAAAAUUGUAUUUAAUCAACUGAUAGCAUAUGAGAUGCUUUUGAAGAACAAACUAUUCCAUACCCAGAUUGCAAUUCAAAAUAAUUUUUCAAGUUUAUGACUUUAUUAAAAUGAACUUUCGUUUGUUUACUGUUUAACUAUAUGUAGACCGUAACCCUUUUCUUCUUCUUUUUUUUUUUUGAAAAGUCCAAGAAUAUACUUAUACAGGCAUUUAUCCCCACUAUUUUAUGCCAUUCUACAUACCAUAAACUUAAGACUGAAAUGAUUUGUCUUUUGUGGCUUAUUGUUUAUCAGUAGUUCUUUUGUCAGCUGCUUAAAAACCUUUUUCACGGAUUUGUGAAUUACUUUCAAGUAUAAUUUAUAGGAGCCCUGCCCUCUGGUUUAGUAGAACAUGGCCCCUCCCCCAGUGGUGGCAUUAUUAACAAUGCUGGUCAUUUUUCCUCAUAAAGACUCUCAGGAUGGUAACCACUUCAAUUAAAGUAUAGCACAUUUAAGUUUUGGGUUUUUUUUUUAUGUUUUAUUUUGGAAGUGUAUCCUAUGCUCUCAUGAGUCUAUGCAGUUUCUCAAAAUAUGCAUAGAAGCUGAGUCUUAUCCAAUAUGUUUUUAUUAGUUACAAUGAAUUGAUCACAUAGAUUGGGAAGGCAAGCCAAAGGCUUUAAAUGUAAAGCCUUUUUUAAAUGUAAAGUGCCCUUUUUAUUUGGAAUGAUUUUAUCGAGUUGAACACUAGUAUUAAAUAUUUAACCUGCUGCUGACUUUUCUUAAACUGUGGCAACUAAAGGCAUCCUCAUGUAUGUAUGAAUUAGUGAAAUACUUGUCACUCUUACUGCACAGACUUAUUUACGAUUACAACAGGUUAAUUUUUUGUUUGUUUUUAAUGAAACUGGUACCAUCUGUACCCUCACAGAAAUUAUCCAACACAGUUUUGAGAACUAAACUAACUAGUCAUGUUUAAUCAGAUAAUCCACACCAGGGCGGGGGGGCAGGGUUGGGGAAGGUCCUUUUUGAAACAAAAUGUUACUCAAUUAUUAACCAAGUUACUUAUUUUGAUUUCAAAAGCAGCUGUGUUUCUGAUGAGUACUGAACAAAUGUGUGUAAUUUUCUGUGCCAGACUUUUGACUUUGUUUUCAAGCACUGUAAUGUGGGAUGAAUGGUUAGAAACAAUAAUAUAUUAGGGUUUCUAUGUAACCCUUUCAGGACUGAACUGUAUCUCCUUUUAUUAAUUUUUCCCUGUGUUGUGAUAAAUGUUCGCCAGCAUUCAGUACUGUGUUGGUCCAGAUGUAGAUUUAUAUGCUCAUUUUUAGCUUAUUUCUUGUACCUUGCAGCAUGCUCUACACAUUCAGUCCUUAAGGGGUUUAUUUUACAAACUGUGCGCCUGUAAGGUUUAUUAGCAAUAAGAUAGAAAAUUGAGCAAGUUUAUACCAUAAUUUUGUAGAAAAAGGAAUCUGCUCAGUUCCAUAUUUCAUCCAUGAGAAACCUGCAAUAUGGGCAGUUUCAAGAAAUAAAUAAAAAGGAAAUGUAAACCAUUGUAAAAGUCUUCUGUUGGAUGUGCCUGAUGCAUGUGUUACCGUCUUUGAUUUCAGAGUAUUUCAUAAAGAUGAUAUCAAAUUCUGUA